GAUUGUAUCGUCUUCGUGAAGCGUCUGCUGAAGUUGUGCUUUGCUAGCAAGUAGCAAGCAUGGCUGCUGUGUUUAUGGCAAGAAAAUAUUUUGAAUCUGUUAUAAGAUUUUCUGACCGAGAAUCUGUUCCCUGAAUUGACGUCUGUACAAAAACCAAGCAGAAUGUCAGACGCUCACCGCAAUGAGAGAUCAUCUUCAGGAAGUACUACAGGAUCGACAGCUUCUGCAGGGGGGAGUAACCCAUCAGGAGCAGGACAGGGUGGUGCCAGCGAGGAGAGUGAGGAGCAGGAAGAACCUUCUUCUUCUAGCCUCACGAACAACAAUGAUGAGAGAAUGGAAGAGCUGUUGGCAAGCUUCCGUGAGCAGUGGCAGCGAGAAAUUGAAAAGUCUCCUCAGAGAGUCGUGGGACAAAUCAGGCAGCAGCAACAGCCACAGUUAAGAGUGUCUGACAUACAGCAGACACCAUCUUCGUUACAACAGCAAACACCAGCACUGGAGUCUGAGAUAGAUGAUCCUGGGAGUGUUGAGAAUAAGGCUAAGAACUUCUUUCUGAAAGGGAUGGAGUAUGAACAGGACGGCAAAUUAUAUGAUGCUAUUAGGUUUUACCGAAGAGCUGUUCAGUUAGUGCCAGAUAUUGAAUUUCGUCUGUAUUCGUCGAAGAUGCAGAACCAGAAAGAAGAGGAUGAGGAAGAUGAUACAAAUGGAAAUGAAGAAGAUUCUAGUGACUCAAUGGAUGAGGUUGAUGUGUUGGAUCGAGCCCAGAAGGUGUUUAACAAAACUCACUGUAUUUGUUUACCAGAGUACCCACAGAAGACAACACACAUAUCAGCACUGCCAUUGGAGAUAAUGCUGUAUAUAAUGCGGUGGGUGGUGUCCUCAGAGUUAGACAUUCGAUCACUGGAAAUGUGCUCACGUGUUUGCCGUGGCUUCUACCUGUGUUGUCGGGAUCCAAAGAUUUGGAGGCUAGCAUGUACCAGAGUGUGGGGCAUCACUUGUGCAGACUUUGAUCCAUACCAAUCUUGGCGUGAAAUGUACAUAAAGCGACCACGCCUCAAUUUCCAUGGGUGCUAUAUUAGCAAGACAUCGUACAUUAGAUACGGUGAAAAUAGUUUUCAGGAUCAGUUUUACAGUCCCGUCCAUCUUGUUGCAUACUUCAGAUACCUCAGGUUCUUCCCAGGAGGGACUGUCCUAAUGUUGACAACAGCUGAUGAGCCUCCUGGCUGUGUUGGCCAGCUGACCUACCGCACACCGCGACACCCACAAGUGCUGAGUGGGUAUUAUUGUCUUUCGGGCAGUUGUGUAACUGUGGUGCUUCAACGACAACAGCAGCAAUCUCAGCGACAAUUACGCACAAAGGGACGACGUGGAGAACAGUUGUAUGAUCCUGGAGAGCAGACUUUCCAUCUGAAAUUGCAGAUAAAGAACUACAAAGAGAAGGUUCACGUGCAGCUUGUGUGGGAAUGCUAUUCCAUAUUCACGAGGUUUCGUAAUGGCAAUGAAACAACUACUUCGUUCAGUGUGCAAGGAAGCCGUUAUCCACCAUUCUGGUUUUCACGUGUCAAAAGCUAUACUGCUACAUCAGAGAGCCUCUUACAGUAAUCAGUCUGAUUAACAAUUCUUCACAGGACACAUUUAGUUGCCACCUUAUUUGCUUCAGUACAAUGGAAAAUAAUAAUAAUAAUAAUAAUAAUAAUAAUAAUAAUAAUGUAACAGUUUGUUCUGAAAUUUCAGAAACUUUAAGAACUAAUACAGUCUUGUAACAGAGAAAUUACACUGCCAUAAUUAUAAAAUGUUGCACAGUACAGGUAUCAUAUUAUUUUUUUGUUUAAAAUAUGUUAUACAAUAUUGAAUGUUUUAAUUCCUUUUCCCACAUUAUUCGUGUGUUUUUCUUGAUACAGAAUUGUUACCUUCUUCUCAUUAUGGAUAUUAUCUUUAAAUCUUUACAUGCGGUAGUACUCAUGUACUACAACACAUUCUGUCAUUUCCAGAGAAAUCGUAACUUGUGAAUUUUUACUUUGUAGUUGCUUUAUUUCUUUUUUAUGUUUCGUGGUGUUGUGGUGUAAACUUGACCAAUGAUAACAGUAACAUUCUGUAUUUUUAUUAGUAUUUUAUGACAUUUUUACAUAAUUGUCAUUUGUUUUCAAGUGAAUCUGUUGAUUGCAAAUUGGAAGUCCAAAGUUGCCCGGUAAUGUACUGUCGCUCUUCUUAGAAACCUGUGCAGUACAGAUGUUAUUAUUGUUGUUAUUUGUUUCCUGCCCUCACUUUUGAACUUUUUGGUGAAGUGACCAUGAGGCUUUGAAAAUCUUUUGUUACGAUGACUGGUUUACUGACCUGUGUAAUUGUGCUGUAAUACAAUGAUGCGAUGGUACAUAGAAAAUGGGUUUAAGCUGAGGAGGUAGCUUUAGGAAACAAGUGCUGUGUUGUAUGAAAUAUGCUUGAUACUCCUGUUGCCUCACUUUUAAUUUGACGCAGCUAGAAUACUAAGAAUAUUUUAUACAAGAAAGAUGUGGGAAACUUCGUUCUCAAAGUACAAUGUUAGUGUCACGAAAGCGUAUUUCAUAUUAAACUAACACAUUAUUUUAUAGACGGGGAGUAAAUUGAAACCUGCACAACACAAAGGCCUGAUACUAAAAAAGUUUUAUUAUGUCAGUAAAUGUUUCUUGCAAUGCAAACUACAUUUUAAUGGCCUAAUGUGAAAUGUUUAUUAUAGUGUUACUGAUAAUUGUAAAGCAUAGCUGUCAAGCAAAGUUUACAGCAAAUCAUUAAACUUUUCUUGGUUGGGGAAUGUGAAUUUUGUGAACAAACUGUUGGCUGUGUUAAUAAGAUAUAUUGUAUGCAAAUAUGAAAUUAAAAUACAGUAAGUGAUGUCAUAGACGUUAUGUGGCUUUUAGAGUUAAUAUAGUUAUGACACUUCCAAGGUAGUGAUAAUUAUAGAUAUAAUAAAUGUCUUGUCAGCUUUUGUAAAUCUAAAACUUAUAUUUUUGAGUUGUGAGGAGGUCUCUCUCUCUCUCUCUCUCUCUCUCUCUCUCUCUCUCUCUCUCUCUCUCUCUCUCUCUCUCUCUCUCUCUGCCUGCCAUUUAAAGGACAUUUGGACCACCAUGCAACAUUUUGUAUUGUUGUGGCGGCAGAAAUGUGUGUAAAGAUUAUUAUUAUUUUUCCAUGUGAAACUGUCAUAACUAUUAUGUGAGCAGAGCUGUACCUUGAAGAUAUCACUGUACAUAGAUAAUAUAUGUAAAUUUGUAAAUACAGAUGACUGAACAAGAGGCCAACUAUGUAUAUAUUUUGGAAGAGUUUAAUUUUUGAAUUUGAAACAAUAAAUUGUCAUUGGCUUGAGAGUAUAGGUUUUCAUUUUCUCUGUUGAUAUCAUAAAAGCCAAUUUCAUGGAAGUUGGAAGAAAGCUUAAUGUUCUCAUUACAGAGGAAUCAAAACACAAAAGGUAAACAUUAUUGUAAAGUUUACUCCUGUGUGAGUAACUUCAAUUACAGUAAAAAACAUGUCUGUGGUAGAAAAUGUAUCAAAUAAUUUGCUGUAUGAAGCAGUUUUGUAAGGGUAUUGAAUGUACGACAUAUGCAUUUGAGUAACUAGUACGUUUAUAGAUAGCGCAAGUGUUGUAUUUUAUUGUGGCUGGAGAGAGACUUGUCUUCACUGUAACUUGGUGCUAAUUUGCAAAUUAAAUUACAUUUUAAAAAGUUAA